UUUCAAAUUCUUUUCCUCUACAGUUUUCUUCUCCUUUUACGUCACUCAAAACAAAAUAUGCAAGGCCACCGUCCGCCCUCCCGUCCAGGAGGUGGCGGCUCCGGUGGUGGAGGUUCCGGUAGUGGUAGCGGAGGCUAUUACCGUCCACCGCCACCAUCACAACCUCCUUUAAACUCAGAUACCAAUUUUUUCCUCCAGAACCAAAAUUUUUACUUGCAGAACUUAGCCAACACUCUCCACCAAAACUUUCUUCACCAACAAAACUUCAACGGUUACUUCCCUUUCCUUAACCAAAACUCUAAUUUUCCAAUUCAAAACCCUAAUUAUCCUAUACCGCAGCAACAGCUAUUUUUACCUCAGCAAUUACAACAGCAACAAAAUUAUAAUAAUUUCCAAUUUCAGAACCCUAAUUUACCUCAGCAGAAUUUAAUCCCGCAACAAACCGCACAAAAUUCGUGUCCUGAAACAUCAAAAACAGCUGAAGAUAAAAUCGAACAGCAACAAGAAUUAUCCGGCAAUGUGCAGAACGAUUCAGCUCAGCAGCAGCAGCAGCAGCAGAAGCAGGACCAGAAAUCAGUUCAGCGACAAGAGCUUCAACAAAUGCUAUUUCACAAUCCGAAAAAGAAAAUCCCGAAACAUAAGCAACAAGAAGUUGAUAGAGUUAACGUAGUAGUGGCGAAGGUGUGGAAGGAUCUUCUUGCAGCUAAAGAGAGUGUUUCUGCAUGGAAAGUGUCGCAGGCUGCACUUGUUGAACUUCAAGUUGAGUCAUGGGAUGCUUUGGGGUUCCCAAUGCAGAGCGUGCCUUCGUUGCACGGGCUUAUUCUCACCGAAGGGAAGAUCAAUUCAUUUAUUCAUUGCUUUGCUGCUGUUCGGAGAAUUGCAUCAUUGUAUGAUUUGGAGGCUGCAAUUUGUGAGAAUGAAGGUAUUGAGCGGUUUGAAGAACUAGAAUUGGGCCCUCUGUUGAGGCAUCCACUGGUCUUGCAUUAUUUUUCAGUAAAUUGUGAUACAACUGAGGUGCCGAAGAUAACUACUGAAGACGUGAUUCUGAGCCUUCAUGAGUAUAUGGAUACUUCCAAGGAAAAAGAAGUAAUUGUUGAUGAAUUUCUGGAUUUCAUUGCGAAGAAGCGAUCUGUGAAUGGGAAAGGAAAUCUUGGUGUGCGUAUUCAAAGUUUAGGGAUGCAUAUCAAGUUCAUCCUGGAAGCGAAAAGAUCAAAAAAUACAAAUUUGAAGAAAUGUUUAUCAGCAAUUAGCGCACCGUCAAGCAUAAGUCAUCGUAAAACUCCUAAUUUACAAAAAAAGGACAUAGAUGUACGUUUUAGUGACAUCUCUAGACGUAUUGAGUCUUUUGGCUAUGCGCACAUGGGUUUCCAAGGAAAGCACAUUAGAUUUGACUCAUCAAGCUCAGAAGAUGAAGAAAGUAAUGAUAGUAUGGAAGAAGAUAAAAUGAUCAAGAAUGGUGACAGGAACCAUUUUUCCUUACAAAAUGUCAAUAAUACUGAUAAGGUGAGUACCUGUCCUUACCCAUCUGCAACUGAAGAAAUGUCACGGCUGGGUUUGAAAGGUGAAACAAGCAGCCAAUCUACUCUCAGGAAGCAUAAGAGUCACUUAAAGCGCAUAAAUGAUGAGAAUACACAAAGCUCGUUGGAAAGAAAGAAAAGAAGAUUUGAAGAGCUAAGUAGCAAGGUCUUUGCACCUUCCACAUUGCUUAAAGGAGAUAAUGCUAAGCACAAUAUUCAUCCACUUGAAAAUGGCGAUAAGAAUGAGGUGGUCAGCACCAUAAGUGAAAGGAGCUUUUCAUUAUCUAUGGAGUCCUUGGUAACAUUUAUCACAACUUGGAAGGACGCAUGCAAGGAGCAUUCUGUGAAUGAGGUUCUUCAAAAAAUGGUUGAUUUUUAUAAACCACUGGAUGUUCGAGGUGGCCGAAGAAUUAAAUCGCAUUUGUAUUCAUUCCCAAGUAUUGGAUUACUCAAUGUUGCUGUGGAAGCUAUGAAAUCUGGAAUGUUAGAUAGCAUGUAUGACGCUUUGCAAUCUGUAACCCAACUUGAAUCACUUGAUACCUUUUCUUCAUAUGAAAGCAUUGAUGUUGAACCAGCUGAAAAGCAUGGACCGGCUGUCAAUCACCACAAACUAAUGCAAACACAGAGUGUUACAGUUCAAGAAAUUCUUGAGAAAAUUACCAGGUAUUAUGAGCUUGAUCACAAACUGCUAACGGAAGGCAACUUUAUCUCUUUGAAGAAGCUUUGCAGCUGUGAGCUUUGGCUGGUUGAGCAAUUUGGGAUUAAGGAAUUCAAGUUCCUUGGCCAUGGGGAAUUUCUUAAUUUUAUAUGGAAACAUGCUUCCCUAUUACCUACUGAGUUACAGGAGCUAUUUGCAGGUAAUGUGUAUAAAAAGCCGCCUCUGGAGGUUUCUAUGCUCCAGCAUCAGUUGAUGUUUUUAUUAUCACAAGCUUCAAACAAUUUAUGGGAUGGUGAAACUAUCUCCAAGCAGAUGAUUUCUGCAUUGCUUAUCAAUCAAUUUCCUUUAAUUGGUUUUAAAGUUGUCGAAAAUACCUCAAUGGAUGAGUUUCUAAAAGCUAUCGACGAAUACAAGAAUGAUGUAGUUUCAAAAAGUGUCCAGUUCUCUGCUACAUUGUUAGGAGAACAUUACACUGGAGACACAUUAAGAGAAGACCAUACAGUUGAAACUGCUGCAGUAAGAGUAGACCGUGACAAUAAAAUGACAGUCUAUGAAUCCAUUACCUCUCAGAAAGCAGUUGAAGUUUUGCUUAGGGCACCAAUGUUGUCCGAUUUGAAGUCAUGGUCACAUUGGGACCUUAUAUAUGCUCCUUCUCUUGGUCCUCUUGUAGGAUGGUUGUCGAGUGAAGUGAAUACCAAAGAAUUAUCGUGUUUGGUCACAAAGGAUGGCAAGGUGAUUCGAAUUAAUCAGUCUGCUAAUCCAGAUUCAUUCUUGGAAGCAGCUCUGCAGAGAUCAUCUUACCAAACAGCAGUAGAACUGUUAUCUGUGCUAUCAUUGGCUGGGGGAGAAAAGCAUGUUCCCUUAUCGCUUCUAAAAUGUUAUGCUGGCCGUGCUUUUGAUGUCAGUUUCAAGAAUCAUUUUGAAAAUGUUGAUUUUCAGGAGAAUAAGAAUUAUUUGUCGCGUGGGGAAGUAGUUGACAAGGUUGCUAAUAAUUUAAGCGAUCAAUUGGACAAGAGUUUGAUCCAAUUGAAUCAAGCAGUGUCUGCUGCUUCAAGAUUUAUACUUAAUACUCUAGGUUCUUUUCCUUCUGAAUUUUGUGGCUUUGCAGCUGAUGUGCUGCUUUCUGGGAUGCUCUCUGUCAAUAAAGAUGCCCGUUCAGCAAUUUUGUGCGAAUGCAACAUAAAAGAACGAAUCAUGCUUCAUGAAAUAGGAUUAUCUAUCGGUAUAGUGGAGUGGAUUGAUGAUUACCACAAAUUUUGCUCCACAUCUGAGCCAGAAUUGGAAGAUUCUAGAACUGUGCUAAGCACAGCCUCUGGGCAGAAUGCACCAGAUAUGUAUUCUUGUGGCUAUGUGGAAACAACUUUACUUAUUGAAGAAGAUGAGCAUAACGAAGAAAGUACUGAAACUAGCCCCAGAAUUCAAGAUGUUACAGUUUUUAGCGAUGCAACAACCAUUGGUUGUGCAGAAAAAUCUUCUAUGUGUAACAAACAGAAGGAUGCAGCUCUGGUAAUUGAGUCUAUCAGGAGAGAUGAAUUUGGUUUAGAUCCAAACAUUUCAAGCACAGAGAGUACCAUUUUGAGAAAGCAGCAUGCUCGAUUGGGGAGAGCACUUCAUUGUCUUUCUCAGGAAUUAUACUCUGAGGAUUCUCAUUUUCUUCUUGAGCUGGUUCAGAAUGCUGAUGAUAAUAUUUAUCCAGAAAGCGUGGAACCAACCCUCACAUUUAUUCUUCAAGAAUCAGGUAUUGUCGUUUUAAAUAAUGAGGAAGGCUUCUCAGCUCAAAACAUCAGAGCUCUUUGUGAUGUUGGAAAUUCAACGAAGAAAGGAUCUGGGGCAGGUUACAUAGGGCAGAAAGGGAUUGGGUUCAAAUCAGUUUUUCGGGUAACGGAUGCUCCGCAGAUACAUUCCAAUGGUUUUCAUAUCAAGUUUGAUAUCAGUGAGGGUCAGAUUGGUUUUGUUUUGCCCACAGCUGUUCCUGCUUGCAAUGUUGACUUAUUUAGCAGGCUAGUAUCUGGAGAGGCUGGUCAAAAGUCCACUAGGCAUUGGAACACCUGUAUGCUCCUUCCUUUCCGGUCAAAAUUAUCAGAAGAAACUGCUAUGAAAAUGUUUUCAGAUCUUCAUGCUUCUUUACUGCUCUUUCUCCAUCGCCUUCAAUGUAUUAUGUUUCGAAACAUGCUCAAAGAUACACUCUUUGUGAUGAGAAAAGAAAUUUUGGAAAAUGGUAUUGUGAGAGUUUAUUGUGGAAAAGAUAAAAUGACUUGGCUUGUUUCAUCUCAGAAGUUGCAGGCUCAUGUUAGUCGCCCUAAAGUUCAGUCAACCGAAAUAGCCUUGGCGUUUACACUGGAGGAGUCGGAUAGUGGGGUUUACUAUCCACGUUUGGAUCAACAGCCUGUUUUUGCUUUUCUUCCUCUAAGAACAUACGGUUUAAAGUUUAUUCUCCAAGGUGACUUUGUUCUUCCUUCAUCUAGAGAGGAAGUAGAUAAGAAUGAUCCUUGGAACGAGUGGUUGUUGACACAGUUUCCUGGUUUAUUUAUCAGUGCAGAGAGAUCAUUUUGUGCUCUAUCUUGUUUUAGGGAUAAUCCAGGAAAAGCUGUGGCAGCUUAUAUGAGCUUUGUUCCACUUGUUGGGGAGGUGCAUGGUUUUUUCUCAGGGCUCCCUAAAGCAAUUGCUCUAGCAUUAAGAAGGACAAGCUGCCUGCUUCUGGAAGGGGACAAUUGUAAUAUGGUUCCACCAUGCAAUGUUCUGAGAGGUUGGAAUGAACAAGCCCGUUUUCUUCUACCUGAUGACUUGCUUCAAGAGCACCUUGCUCUUGGAUUUUUAGAUAAGAAUAUAGUCCUGUCUGAUUCACUGGCAAGGGCACUUGGUAUUGCGGAAUAUGGGCCUGAAAUUCUAGUGAAGUUUAUCACCUGUUUAUCUCGCACAAAAAAUGGCCUAAAGUCAAUGGGUCUUGGUUGGUUAUCUUCUUUACUCAACACUCUUUAUGGUAUGCUUUGUAAUUCUUCUGGACCAUCUGAUAUUAUAGAUAACCUUCGGAAGAUUCCAUUUGUACCCCUCUCAGAUGGUACAUUCAGCGCGCUGGAUGGGGGUACAAUUUGGUUAUAUUCUGAUACUUUAAGUCUUGUAUUUGAUGGUGCACGGGAGCUUGAGGCUUUUCCUCAAUUAUAUGCUAGGCUUAGGACUGUAGAUUCUGCCCUCUUUUCUGUGUCAGCUGUGGAUAGGACUUUGGCGGACAAUAUGGCUAAAAUGCUUCUAAAAAUUGGUGUUCAGCAGCUUUCUGCGCAUGAAAUUGUGAAGGUUCAUGUUUUACCAGCUUUAUGUAAUGCUGAAAUCAAUGAUAGGAAUGAGACUUUAAUGAUAGAUUAUCUCUGUUUUGUAAUGAUCCACUUACAAUCUAGCUGCCCUCACUGCUGUGUUGAACGGAAGGACAUUAUAUCUGAGUUACAACACAAAGCUUAUAUACUGACAAAUUUUGGAUAUAAAAGGCCUUCUGAAACGCCUCUUCAUUUCAGUAAAAAAUUUGGAAAUCCUAUCGAUGUUAAUAAACUGAUUAAUGUUGCGGAUAUGCAAUGGCAUGAAGUUGAUAUCGCUUAUUUGAAGCAUCCGAUAAAUGAUUCACUUUCCAAUGAGCUGAUGAAGUGGAGAGUCUUUUUCCAGGAAAUUGGUGUUACAGACUUUGUUCAAGUUAUUCAAAUGGAGAAAAAUAUUUCUGAUAUACUUCAUACUGUUUUGAAGGAUGUAAAAUGGGAUGCUAAGCUGCUUUUGCCUGGAUCAGUAUCCAAAGAUUGGGAAUCCUGUGAGUUAGCACAAUUAUUGUCAAUCUUGUCAGGGACUGGUAAUAAGGAGUGCUGUAAAUAUCUCUUGGAGAUUCUCGAUACAGUAUGGGAUGAUAGCUUUAGCGAUAAAACCUCUGGCUACUGCAAUUCAGAAUUUAGUGCUGACAGCAUAACCUUCAAGUCCUCCUUUUUAGGCAGCAUCCAUGAUGUUCCAUGGGUAGUAUCAACUAUGGAUAAUAAACUCCACUACCCUAAAGAUUUAUUCUAUGAUUGCGAUGCAGUACGCUCUGUCCUGGGUAGUUGUGCUCCAUAUGCUCUUCCAAAGGUGAGAAGCUCAAAAUUGUUGAGUGAUAUUGGCUUUAAGACUAAAGUUACACUAGAUGAUGCUCUGGAAAUUUUAAGAGUAUGGACGGAAUCAGAAACUCCUUUUAAAGCCAGCAUAGGACAAAUGUCCAAAUUUUACACAUUUAUAUGGGAUGAAAUUGCUGCGUCAAAGAAUCAAAUCUCAGAGGCACUCCAUUUGGCACCAUUUAUUUUUAUUCCAUAUGAAUCUGGUUCAAGGCAUGAUGUUCUGGUUUCUGGUGUAUUCUUAACUUCUAAAGAAGUUUAUUGGCAUGAUCCAACCGGCUCCACCGACCACAUGAAGGAGAUUCAUCCUGGGAACAGCUUGACAGAACUGCUUCAGCGUCCCUUAAGCAAGACGUUAUGCAAUAUUUAUACAGGACUUCACGACUUUUUCGUGAAAGAGUGUGGAGUACACGAGAUCCCUUCCUGUCGCAGCUAUCUUGAUAUACUAAAACAAUUGUCAACUUUCGCAUUACCUUCACAGGCUGCUGGCACGGUUUUCCAAGUCUUUUUGAAGUGGAGUGAUGACCUGAAAUCUGGAUUACUAAGUUCUACAGAUAUCAUAUAUAUGAAAGAAUGUCUUCUGAAAUUGGAAUGCACAGUGCUUCCCACUGUAGGUGACAAAUGGGUUUCAUUACACUCUUCAUUUGGUCUGCUGUGCUGGUGUGAUGAUAAAAAAUUGAAGAAGAGAUUUAAAGAUAAGGACAAUAUUGAUUUCCUAUACCUGGGCGAUCUUAGUGAUAAGGAGGAAGAUAUGCUUCGAGAUAAAAUGUCUGAGCUUUUGCAAGGCUUAGGGAUUCCUGCUCUUUCAAAGAUAGUAACUCGCGAAGCAAUUUUCUAUGGUCCAGUAGACUCCAGCUUCAAAGCCUUACUAGUUGAUUGGGCUCUUCCUUAUGCUCAACGCUAUAUUUAUAGUGUAUACCCUGAAACGUAUUUUCAACUUAAGCAAGACUCUGGAUUUAGUGAUAUAAAGCAGCUGAAGGUUACUGUUGUUGAGAAGUUAUUUUACAGGAAUGUGAUAAAAAGUUGCAAUAUUACAUCUAAAAAGCGGUAUGAAUGUAGCUGUCAUCUGCAGGGUAAUACUCUGUAUGUAAAUUCAGAAUCAGAUUCACAUGCAUUGUUUUUGGAGCUUUCUCGUUUAUUUUUCGAUGGCUCUUCAAAUUUACAAUUGGCAAAUUUUCUUCAUAUGAUCAAAACCAUGGCAGAAUCUGGCUCUACUGAGGACCAAACCGAGUUCUUUAUUGCCAACUCCCAGAAGGUGCCAAAGCUUCCUGAUGAUGAAUCUACUUGGUCACUCCCUUCCUUUUCUUCGUUGACAGAGAUUGAUGAUUCACUCGAAAAAGACGUUGCAUCAGUGACAGCUAACGAGCACAAGAGCUCAAAGUCCAAUGUGAAAUUGGGAAGAACCUCUAAUUGGCCACCUGCUGAUUGGAAAACUGCACCGGGUUUUGACUACGCUCGUGCCCAUGGAUUUAACACCCAGCCUGCUGUAUCACAUCCUAAAGGUUCAGGUCACAGUAUGGAGGAUGAUUCAGAGGACAUUAGUGCACAAAUAGAAACACUGCCAAUUGAAAUUGAUGCCACUUGGACCAUUGAAGAGAAUUCUGUAGGACCAAUGUUAGACUCGGAUUAUCCGGAUGGAGAUCUUUCUCAGGAUUGCGAUCAGUCUGUAAAUGUCGAUAAUGCAUCCAGGGGACGUGAUCGGGGCUCUUCUAAAUUUCUCAACAGAGAGAAGUUGAUCACUGGGACACCUAAUGCGGCACAACUUUCACGUACUGGAAGACUCGGAGAGCAAGUUGCUUUUAGAUAUUUGUCGGAAAAAUUUGGCAAGAAACUUGUCAAAUGGGUUAAUGAAGACAACGAAACCGGGUUACCUUACGAUAUAGUUAUUGGGGAGGAUGAAAAUAGUAGGCAGUACUAUGAAGUUAAGGCCACAACUUCUUCAAGGAAGGAUUGGUUCAUUAUAUCAACAAGAGAGUGGCAAUUUGCAGUUGACAAUAGUGAAGCUUUUAGCAUUGUGUAUGUUGUUCUUUCAAGAAAUAAUGCAGCAACGGUCACAAUAUUUCCGAAUCCAGUCAAACGGUGUAAGAAAGGCGAAUUGCAAUUAGUCGUCAUGAUGCCGAACCAAAAGAAGGAAAGUACUCUUGUCUCUGUAUAAGUCAAAGUAACUGCAAACAUGUUCAAGGUGUUCUUGCUUACCCAAACCGAUUUCAUACCUUGGGAAGGUAACUGAGUCGGCUUGUUGUAUAGUAUUUCUCCGGAUUCAGAACACUUUCUAACGGAGAAUUUCGAUUCUUCUGCUUCUGAUUCCUGAAGUGUACACAGUUUUGCUACUGACUAUCGGUGAAGACGGUAAUUCUAUGUUCAGAGGAAGCAAUAAUCUGUGAGAGCACAGCCUUCUUAAAGAGCUGAUUCAAGAAUUUUUGCAUAAUACACAGGAAGAUUAAUUGUUUUUAAAUCUCUAAAUAGAGAAAUAGAGAAGUGUAUCUCAAAAUCUCAACACUGUAAAUAAAGUUUAUAUUGCCGAGAAAUCUCUGACAUUUAAUACUACACCCUCUUUUACAAUCUAAUCGAUUUAAGUUUUUUAGUUGAUAA